AGUGCGGCUGUGCUGCGGGAGAAAACGAGUUCACGAAAAAAAAAGGCUGUGACGUGUGUGUUCGGUUAUCUAUAGCGUAGUACUUAGAGCACCUUUACGCGAAUUUUCGAAAAAGACGAUGUUACUCCAAAAUUUCGGAGCCUCGUCGCGAGGACCGUAGUAAUAGAGUAUUUAGCGGGGAAUGGGCUCGCUGACCGAGAAAAAUAAUGCACGAAACAGUUUGCUCCAGUUUGGACUGCGAGAUGUACUUGAAGAUCCUUUAGCCGACGGGUCAGUGAUAAUAGUCGUGAUGAUGGUUGAUCGUAAAUCGCGAAGCUAAAUGUGACUCUAAAGUGUUGGGUGGUACCUACUUCGCUGUUUUUACUCAGGCUCUCUGACUCUACUACAUCUUUUUAUAAGUCUCUUUACUCUACUCUGGCUCGUUUUCUCUUUAUGCUCUAAACUUUGUUGGAAUUACUUAGUACACAUAGCAUACAUUGUUAACGAGCUUCUACACUUUGUUGUUUGACGUGUUUUAAAGAACUUUUAGGACUUGCUUGUAAGCACUUGCUCAAGAGACAGUAGAAACUGUCUUCCAGAUACUAGUAUUUUGUUUUAUUACAAACAAAGAACUCUGCUGCUUUGUUAUAUCUAUAUACCCAUACAUAUACAUGUACACAAUUUUAGUAUCUAUACACAUUUUUUUUCCAAUAUUUGUACUUUGAAACAAUGGAUAACAUUAGCGAGUUCGACAUUAAGCUAGAAAAGGAUAUAUAUUAUGCAGGGGAAACCAUUCAAGGUCAUGUCAUCUUGCACACAACUGAGAACUUCAAAUUGAGAUAUUCCAUUUGUAUAAACUGUAUUUUUUCCUUUUAAUGGACUUAUAUAGCAAUGAGAUUGUCAUUGCGAGGUCAAGCGCAUGCUGAAUGGAAAAUUUUGGUCAGUGGUGAUAGAAGAAAUGUAAAGGAUGAUCAAUAUUUUGUUGAUGAGCGCAUAGUUGUAUGGGGUCAUGAUUCAUCUGAAGGACCUAUUCCAAUUUUGCCAAGAGGAAAGCAUCAAUUUCCAUUCACAUUUAAUUUACCAGAAAGUGCGUUACCUUGUAGUUUUGAAUCCCGCACUGGGUACAUUCGUUAUUAUGUAAAAGCAACUGUUGAUAGGCCUUAUGCAAGCCCCCCUCAAGGAUUAAAAUAUUUCACACUCAUUGGACCUCAUAUAGACUGCAUGGAUGAACAAUAUUUGAAACCAAUGAUAGGAAGUGAAGUAAGAACAUCAUGUUGCUUUUGUUGUCGAAGGAAUCCAGUUGAAUUGAGUGCACAGUUAGAAAGAAGUGCAUAUGUUUGUGGUGAAAGCAUUAAAUUACGAGCUGCUAUUGAUAAUAAAGGGAUUGAAAAAGCAUGGUUACAAGUUAAAUUAACUCAGUAUGUUGAAUUUUUCAUCGAUCGAGGAGUUCUUGGCACUAGUAAAGAGCAGCAAAAAGUUGUCAUGGAAUACAAAGGAGAACCAGUUCCACCCGGCACUGCAAUCAAAUGGGAUUCAUCAAAAAAGAUGAUUCUGCCUGUUUGCCCACCAACUUUAGUUGGUGUUUGUCGUUUAAUACAAAUUUACUAUGUUCUAAAGGUGAGCGUUCAAUUAGAAAAAUCAGGUGAAGAUAUGCAGAUGCAUUUUCCAAUAACAGUAGCAACGGUGCCCUUCAGGAUACCAAAUUUAACUCAGCAGCCACAAAUUAAAUACGAAACUGCAAUGGAAAAUGUAGAAGGGGGAUGCUAUAUUGGACCAGAGUUUUUAUUGGGACAAGUUUAUGACGGCAGUGAUCACCUAACAACUCAAGCACCAUUGAUUCUAUACAGACCAGUUUAUGUUUGCAUAGCCAACGAGAAGAAAACGCAAAAUCGCUAAGCGUAAGGCAAACGUUUUCAAGCAGCUUGUAUAGUAUGCUGUUAAAUGUAUUUUGAAAAAAAAAUGGUAUUCAAUCAAUAUAGGAGUAUGACUGAAAUCAUUAUUUUGACAAAAUUAAUACAACGUAAUACAGAUUAUCAAUGUAUAAAAUUGUUGGAUACAUGCAUUCCUAACUUUCUCACAAAGCCAAAGAUAUUUAUUUCGUUAGAUUAUAUAUAUUUUUUAAAUUUGUACGUAUAUAUUAUUAAAUUGACAAAAUUUCAUUAACGAAAUAUUUAAUAAAUAAUGUGACUUGUGGAAAAAUCAUGAUCUGUUGAUGACAGUUUAGUCAUUACAGAAAUCAGAAAUGAAUGAUGAAUGUGUGAGUGCAUAUUAGUUAUUAUAACUGGGCUACUAUAUAGUCAUAAAAGAAUUUUAGAUGGACCAAUUUAUUGUAUGUUUAAAUUAGAAUAUUAAUUAACGCUACACAGUUACUUAUAGCGACGCUUUCAAAGAUGUAUCAUGAACGUUAUGACGUUUAUCGAAUUAUUAUAUACGCUAAAAAAUGCAUCAAUGUUUAACUAUAACUAUAAGAAAGAUAGUUACUUUAAAUUAUUUUAUUUGAAUAUAUGAUAAUCUAUAAAAUAAUAAAUAUACGUAUGCUUUAAUCGAAUUCUUAGGGCUUCAUAAAAUAACAAUGCACAGGCCUAAAGAUUAACUCUGGUGUGCUCGGCUCGAGUGCGCAAGUACAGAAAAAUGGCUUCUUCCAUGCAAUGAAAUAUCGUAAGAACCACAUAGGUGAUAAACAAAAUCACAAAAAGUAUAAUAUAAGUUUUAUUGUAUAUUCAUAUUUUGAUAACGGUACGUGCAUAUUAUCGUCGAUGUUUAAUCACCCACAGCGCUACUGUAUAACCAUUUAAAACCAAAAGCCAAACGUUUCAAACUGUGUUAUUUUACUUUUACGACUGAUGAUCCGGUAGUAUAAGAGCUUGAAGUAUUUAAAGAAAAUUCCGUGUUAUUAACUGCAAAUUUUAUAAUGAUGUAUUUUAUUGUGUACGCGAGUGCAAGCGCGCGUAUCCUAAGUCUUUGACACAUUUAUUAGAUGAUAAACUUACAUUUGCCUGAUCAUAUAUUGCCGUUAGCCCAACAGAUACUUGCAGUUUGCAGUGGUUAUUAAGACAAUACAAAUAAAAUUAUCACACCUGUACCAUAUGCCAGCAAUAUAGCUGCUCCGCCAUAGUCAUCUAAUAAUAAGAAUAAUUGAUAACACUGAUCUGCAAUAAGCAAUUUUUUAUUUUUGCUAAACAUACGUGAUCAUUUAAACCAACAUGUUUAUUUAAUAUACAGUUUGAAAGAUAAAAAAUACUUAUGUUUCGAAUAAUUCGUGAUUUCUAUAUGUGCUAUUCAAACCAAUCUCAGCAUCUCUCCACGCAGAGACGGUUUACAUACCCCAGACAAGCCUCAGGAAAUGCAUGUGUAAAUUGCUAAAAAAAAUUUCAAUCCUCGUCAUGUUUGUAUUUUUUUACAAAAACUAGACGUUCUUCAAAGACCGUUUAUACAAUGUAAGAGAUUGUAUAGAAAGAAAAAAACCAAUAGUCUGAUAUUAAAUACUUGUUCAAAUGGUCUUCCCACAAAUUAAGGAACUUAGUGCCGAUAGCAAAAAGACGUGUAGAUGCCUACUUUGCAAAUUAGACUUUUGUUCACGAUUAAGCAUCAGUUUAUUUACCAAUAAGAAUGAAAGUACAUUCUAACAUCUGAAAAGUACAUAAAUUGUGUAGAAGUGCCUCUAGACGACGUGAAUAUCUAAUCAAAGAAAGUUUUUUGUAUAUAAAUUGGAAGUGCUUAAAAAGAGAGGCAACAGUAAAUCGGUUUAAUUUGAAAGAUGCUUUUAAAAAUACGCGUUAUAUCGUAUAUUAUGAAAUUCUAAUACAUUAUACACGCGUAAAUAUCCAGCAAUAAUGUUGAUUUUGAUAUAGACACUUUUGCCGAUGGAAAUUUCAAUGUUUAAUCGUAAAGAAUAAUACACACACACAUAUAUAUAUAAAUUUAAAGUCCCUAGUCAAUUGCUCGUACUCUUGACGGAGAGCAGUAGCGCCCUUCGAUUAGAGUAACUGUCGAGUAAUUUAACGAUUUUACGACUAAAAAAAAACAUGGUACAGGUGUAAACUGAAAAAACCCAAGCACAAAAUGCAUCUUAGUAACAAAAAAAAACUAAAGAAAUUUUAGGAAAUAAGAAAGUUACUGCACGGUCGUGCAGAUUUUAGACUUGUAUAGACUGUAGAAGUGCUUAUAAUAUUAUAUGAAAUCGUUGAGCCUUGAGAGAAGUUGCCGUACUUUUUAUUACUUUUUUGUUCUUAAUCAGCCAAACGAUGUUUGAUCAAUGUUUCAAUGUAAGAAUAUUUUCUAAAUUUAGUUUAGAAAAAAAUCGUGAAUUGACUCUUUAAAGUGGAACACCUUUCGAAUGGAUUAUUGAUUAAGGUAUUGAAAUUAAAGUGUUGUCUAGAAAUGACGUUUGUACUGAUGUUUUGUAUUUAUUUUAAGAAUUUUGAAAAACGUUAUCACAAUGUGUUACGUAAAGCAUUUAAAAAUGCGGCCAGAACAGGUACGCACAUCAAUCACAUAUUCACAUACACAAGAUAAAUUUCGAGACAAAAUUUACGCCAAAAAUUGUGGGCGAAUAAUUUAAAAAUUCGAAACGAGAAUUCUUUUGUAAUGAGUCCGUAUUUAGUUCACAAAAAUAUAACUGUUUAAAAGUGCUAAACAAAUUUUCCACGUAGCAGGGUCGAAAUAAUAUAACAAUAAAUGUUAUAUAAUAUAUUUCACGAAAGACGUUAGAACUUAAGUAUAUUGUAUGAUAAAAAAAUAUAUUUACUAUAAGUUAGUUAUUUGAUAUUUGAAGUAAUCAUUCAAGUUGGAAAUGUAUACUUAUUACAAAAGUAUGUGUGCAUUAUAACAGCAUACAUACAGAUAGCUGAAAGAAAAUUAAGACAAUGUAAUUUUGUCUGUUAAUCCAGGAAAAUCGUUACAAUGUUGUUAUGCCGUUGCUACCUGUAUGCCUUUCGUUACCUUUGUAUUAUUGAAAGAUACGUGUAUAAUAAAUGUUUAUACAUGAAGUUUUGUUAUUAGCAUAUUGCUUUGUCCUAAUUUGCAUUAGAAAAAUAAUUUCGGUAAAGGUGAAACAAUGGAAUAGUCAUCUCAUAUAAGUAGAAAACAAUGUUAUUUUUAAUAUAUGUAUAUAUAUACAUGAACCUUUAGAGUAUUAACUCCCAUCUUAUUUUCUAGGCGCUGAUAAACAUUGAACUAAUAAUGAUGAAUUAAGGAAUUAAAUUUCAAUCAUCUGCUUAUUACAAAAGUAGUAGUUGGAUUUUGUAUAAUUCAGUUGUUUCGACUACCUGACGUUAUAGAAUUACCAUUUUUAACUAUGAGAUUAUUUGAUAAAACUAUAAUUAAUAAUAGACAGUACUGGAUCCAUAAAAAAUAUACAAAAA